CAAAUGUAAACAUCGUUUAUAGAGACGUCCGACAGAAAUCGUAAAAAUUGAUUAUUCGCCUUUCUGUUAUGAGAACAAAAUAGAAAGGAAGUGAUUUAAACCAGCGCAAAUAAUGAUUGUGUCUCUUGAAUCCUCGGAAAUCUAGCUCUGGAUAUCGCAGAAGAUUGGCGAGAAGUAUCACAUCAAUAUGGCCGACAGACUCGAUAAAAAAGAGUGGAUGAGGGCCGAAAUUGAAAAACUGAUACGUAUGUACAAAGCCACGCCCGAACUGUGGGAUUGUACAAGUAAAUACUAUAAGGACAGAACGAGGCGAACCAAUGCCCUGAGGGAGAUGGCACACGAACUCAGAACCAAUGUAGAUGAGGUUCAGAGGAAAAUUCACAAUCUGAGAAAUCAAUUUAACACUGAAUUUAAGAAAACCGGAACCGCAAAAUCCGGUCCAAAUAGCGAUGAACGGUAUGUAUCGAGAUGGCCGUAUUAUAAUUCGCUGAGGUUUCUCCAGAUCAAACCCAUCAGCAAACCGGCGAGAGAGAAUUCAUCCGUGGAUGGCGAAAUCGAGAAUGACGACUCUGCACACUCAGGUACGCAACUAUCGCCUGCAAAACCUAGGGCCCAUAUUAGUGCUUUCACAACAAGGCCUCCGAAACGGUUCAAAAAACAAAAUCCACUAACAAAGCAGAAUGAGCUGUUGACGCUGGGUUGCAAUUUUCUGUCGAAUCUGAAAAACGAAAGCAAACACGAAGACGACUAUUACCUGAACAUGGCGAAGGUAUGGGCUAGGAAACUGAAGGAAAUAGAACCUACCCAGCGGCUUUACGCUGAGAAGGCAAUCAACGAUAUGUUGUUCGAUGCCCAGAUAAGGACACUGCAGGCAGGCUCGGAAAGGACGGCUCCCGAUGAUUCGAGUCCGGUUAGCCCGUAUGAUAAUUUUGAUCACACACAAAAUGAAGACACCCACCACGGGCAUGAUGAUGAACCGGUAAGAGAAGCAGAACUGGAGGAAGCGGAAACAGAUAUCAAACCUAUCAUGAUUAAUUCCGACGAUGCUGAUAAUUCGGUAGAUUUGUAGCGAACAUGCUAGGAUACG